AUGGGUGUGCAAGAAUGGACAGUUGAAGAGGCGUAUUAUGCCUCCAAAUGUAGUCUGGGUGAAGGCCCGUAUUACAGCCCAGAGCGACAUGAGCUUCGAUACAUGGAUAUCAACAACAAGAAACUCUUCAUCAUUGACCUGGCCAAAGGUCCUGAUUCAGUCCAAAUAAUCGACACUAAGAUGCCCGUUGGGGUCACGGCUAACAUUGACGGUGUCGACUCUUCCGAAGUCAUCCUGACGGGAGCAAAGGACGGAGUGACCAAGUUUAACUUGAAAACUGGAGAACAUGAAUACGUCGCCAAAUACUGGAGUGGGCCCGGUGCUGAGGAUAAGACUAGAAGAAUGAGAUCGAAUGAUGGCGCAGUCGACACCCAAGGGCGGUUCUGGGUUGAAGCGUUCGUCGAUCCUGAGAUAACUGAGCCCACAGAGGAAGGCGUCCUGUUCCGACUCGACCAUGACGGGACUCUGCGCACCAUGUACGAGAAUAUGACCAUCCCGAAUGGCAUCACCUGGAAUGCAAACGAUAGCAAGAUGUAUCUCACCGAUUCCCCCCCUCAAAACGUGUACGAAUUCGACUAUGACCCCAAGACAGGGGAUAUAUCCAACAAGAGAGUCUUCUUCCAUCUGGACGACGAAGGAAUCCACCCUGAUGGUCACGCCAUGGAUGUCGAGGGCAAUAUUUGGCACGCCUGUUACGGUGGCUCCAAGGUGAUUCGCAUAUCUCCUCAAGGAGUUGUGACGGGAAUAAUCCACCUACCGACACGCAACAUCACCUGCCCGACUUUUGCCGGGACCGAGUUGUUUAUCACGAGUGCAAAGGAGCCAGAGCCUGAAAAAUAUCCUGGAUCAGCCAAAUUUGCUGGAAAUUUGUUCAGAGUGGAUGUCGGUGUCAAAGGUAUGCCGAAAUACCGCGCUCGCUUGCAAUAG